AUGGCUUCUAGCCAGCACAAGUUGUUUGUGAACAUUCAUAGGGUCGUGCUUUUGGGGAAUGUGACUGUAAUUUGUCCUUUAAUACUUGUUGGGUUCAGCUCUGAUAUUACUGUGAUUCCUAAAGGAGACCACAAUAAUGUCUCUGCCCAGAUUGAACAUAAACCUUUGUUUGCCAUUUGGCUCUUUGAUGUGGAAGGUAUCCCCAAGAUCUACUACUUUGGUGUGUGUGGGAAGUACAAUGCCUUGGUCAUGGAGCUCUUGGGCCCCAGCCUGGAAGACCUCUUCGACAUGUGUGGCAGACGUUUCACACUCAAGACAGUCUUAUUAAUAGCCAUACAAUUACUCCAUAGGAUAGAAUAUGUACAUUCUAGAAGAUUAAUAUAUCGAGACGUGAAACCUGAAAAUUUUCUCAUAGGGAGAAGCUCUACUAAAAAAGACAGAAUAAUACACAUAAUAGACUUUGGUUUGGCCAAGGAGUACAUUGACCCCACAACAAACAAGCACAUCCCAUACCGAGAGCACAAGUCCCUAACAGGGACUGCCCGGUACAUGUCCAUCAACACCCACAUGGGCAAGGAACAGUCACGCAGAGACGACCUGGAGGCCCUAGGACACAUGUUCAUGUACUUCUUGCGAGGAUCCCUCCCCUGGCAGGGACUCAAGGCCGACACCCUCAAGGAACGUUACCAAAAGAUUGGGGACACAAAGAGAGCCACACCCAUUGAGGCCCUCUGUGAAAAUUACCCUGAAGAAAUGGCGACAUACCUACGGUAUGUACGGAGGCUGGAUUUCUUUGAGACCCCAGACUACGACUAUCUGCGAAAGCUUUUCCAGGAUCUCUUUGAAAGGAAAGGCUUUGUCGAGGAUGGUGAUUUUGAUUGGACAGGAAAAACCAUGUCAACACCUGUUGGUUCGACGCAGACAGGAACGGAAGUGAUUGUUUCCCCAAGCAGAGAGAACCGCGAGAGGCACCCAACGGCUAUUAAGAGCGGCACCAAGGGUAAUGCAGCCUGGCCCGAAACCCCCAAGCAGGCAAGCAACAUGUUAGGCGGCAACCUCACCCCUGCAGACCGCCACGGCUCCGUCCAGGUUGUGAGUUCGACUAAUGGGGAGCUUGGACCCGAUGACCCGUUAGCAGGUCAUUCCAACACCCCCAUCACCGUACACCAAGAAGGCGAUACCUCGGAUGAAACAAAGUGCUGUUGCUUUUUCAAACGAAAGAAGAAGAAGGCAGGACGCGGGAAAUGACUGGCAGUGGUGCAGUGCUCACCCGAAAGAGAGGCCAUUGCGGUGCUUCUGCCGGCAUCUCAGUCGCAGUCCAAUGAGAGCAUCCUCAAUCCUCAGGCACCGCCACCCAUAGGGGGGCACCCCACCAACCCCCACAAGCACUAAGCACUCCAGUGUUACCUCAUCACCACCGGAAGCACUGCAUCUCCCAGCUGUUAGAAAAAAAAGAAAAAAAAAAGAAAAAAAAAAUCGACUACCCACCUGUAUCAUUGUGGAAACCAGUCCUCGUGCUUGCGUUAUUUGCUGUUACGUGACACUUUGUUGUGACCCCAUUGUUUUUUUGUAUUAUUUUAUUUUUUAAUGUAUUUCAUAACGCCUGCGCUGAGAUGGAGGCUACAUGACAAUAAUGGUGUGGAAAUGUUUUUAUUUGGAGGUCACUCUAUCCAAGUGAAAUGAUUUUAGUUCCAUUUGUAUUAUAAUUGAUUUUUUGAAAACUUCUUAAUUGUUACUGUUAUUUUUAUUACUACUGUUUCCUGCCCCCCCUUUUCCCCAGCCAGCUCUGAAACUUGGCUGGAGGAUUUGCCUCAACAAUUUCAUGUUGCACACCACCUUGCAGACUGUAGGAUAGUCUGCUUGUGUUGGGUCAAUUGGGACAAUGUAUUAGUUUAUAUAGAAUCUACAAAUAAAUUGCUUUGAGCACCCUGGACCCAUAUAGACACUAAACUAAAUGUAGAAAGAGAUAUGUGCAAUAAAAAGAUAUACUCAAAUCUGAUUUUUCUAAAAAUUAGGUCUCUUAUUCUGCAAGCAGGAAUGGUUUUAAGUAUCUGUACUUUAUUUAUUGUAAUCAGUUAUUUUGAGGUUGAAAAGGAACAAAAUUUUGAUGGCUGGAUGAAGAAGGCAGAGGUGGUGGUGGUGAUGUGACGGGGAACACGGGAAUUUUCCUUGUGAGAAUCGCUAAGCCUGAGAGGAUUGAUGGAACCCCCUCCCCCCCCUUUACUCCCUGGGACCUUUGUAAGGCCUAGACUUAUGUGUGAUAAGAGCAGUCAUUUUUUGCUUUUGUACUCUUUCGUAUUGUCUGUUUUUCUUUUUUAUCAGGAUUUAUAUAUAUAUAUUUUUUUUUUUUUUUUUUUUUUUUUGUAUCCCUUUAUUUAUGAAUGUAAAGUUUCACCUGCAAAAUGAUAGCAAUGGCUAAAGCUCAAAAUGACUGACUGAGUCACACUUGUUCUGUGAUGAUUACUUAACAAGUAAGACGAGUUCAGCUGCUCGUUCACUCCAUCUACCAAAAAAAAAAAAAUUAAAAAAGAAAAACUAGGAAGAAAAAAAAAAUGAAAGUGAAUGGACUUUUGUGCUUUGAUACGACACUUUAUUCGCAAAAUGACCAACAGAUUUUUAUAUCAUUAUUAUUAUUAUUAUUUUUACUUAUUAUUAUUUUUUUCUUAUAUUUUUUUUUUUUUUUUUUUAAUCCUCUGUGUAUUUAGUCGCCUUUGGGAGGUACUAAUGUAUACAUACUCUGGGACGACACUAGCUUAGGUGUAGUUUGGUGGAAGCAAGUCGUGACCAGUGCAAAGGGGGCAUUAUGUCCCUGUGUUGGUACCAAACUGGCAUCCAAUGACAUAGCUAUUUAAUUUUAAUAUAAUUUUACCUAGGUACCAUAAUAAAAGUUUUUAUUUGCUUAAUGCCCAACAAGCAGAGAUGAUUCUCAUGGUGAUGGAGGGAUGAUUAAGAAAAAGAGAGAGAGAGAGAGAGAGAGAGAGAGAGAGAGAGAGAGAGAGAGAGAGAGAGAGAGAGAGAGAGAGAGAGAGAGAGAGAGAGAGAGAGAGAGAGAGAGAGAAAUAUAUUAGAGAGUGGGAAGAAAAUUGAAAUGGGGUUGGGGGAAGAGAAACAAUAUGAAAAAGAAACAAACAUGGAGCUGUGAGGAAACAGAAAAAUAGUGUAUCUAUCUGUUGGAAAAUGCUCUCCCCCCCCCAAAAGUGCCAAACAGCAGGCAAGAAGACAAUAGGUGAAACACAAAUGAAACAAGACAUUCCUUGUUGGAGGAAUCAGUGAACCCAAACUCAUGUUUAUGAAAAGAGGGAUCUUGUUCUCCAAGCGCUGCAGCUCCCUCCCAAACCCCCUCCUUUAACUCUUUGUGAAUGCUGUGGAAUAAAAUUAAAUAAAUAGACUAUGUGUAUACGGAUAUGUUAUCGAUGUAUAUAGGGCAAAGACUUUCAGCUCCUACAUGUUCAGAUUCAUGUAUGACAAAAGAUAAAAAGUGCAUCAGUGCUGAUGGAUCAGGAAAGUGCCGUGGCUUGAAGACAUUUGUGAGAGGCAGGAAUGGGGAGCCAUCUUGGGUAUGGAGGACCCACACCACUUUUCCAGUCAUGAACAUGUGGAUCUUUACGAGGCAGUUACAGCUCCAUGAUGAAAGCAUCACCCUCAUAACUACAGAUUGUUGGAAGAUAUUGGCAAUCCAUACUCGUAGAAGGUUGGAAAAGCAGGAACCGUGUUAUAAGAGGAAAACGACCUUUGAAAACAGCAUGGAUUGUUGAGUCUUUCACGGUCCUUACAAACUCUGUGCUACGAUCUCGUCCCUCGGGACUUAUGCUAGAAGACUCGUUACUGGGAGGUCCUUCAAGCAAAGUCCAAAGUACCUUUCAGAAAUAUAUAAAUGUCAUGAGGAAGGCUACAACCUUCUUCAAAUAAUAUUUUUUAUCAUGCCUGUAGCUAUUCAUCAGAACAUGUGAUGUAAUAAGUGACUAUAAGCUUCAUAUAGUACUUUGAAUAAUGUUUCUUAUAAACAUACAUCCUUAAAGUGAAAGACCUUGAUAUGGAAGUAUCUUUGCACCUUGUACUCACUGAUCCCAUCACAUUGUCUGCCCUUUUAUGACUGAUUCUUCUGUUGCUACCUUCUUAUCCUCAAAAAAAAAAAGAGAGAGAGAGAGAACUGGAGUACGUUAUUUAGUGUUCUAUCCAUUGAUUUUUGGCAGUGUUCUGUAGUCACAAUUGAUAUAUUCCCCCUUGAGGCCCUCCUCGUAUAAACUUUCUAUGUGGUCACUUCAGCUAAUUGGACUUGCCUACAGAUGGUCAUAUUCUUGCUCACAUUUUACGGUUAUACUAAGGAAACAAUCUUCUAUAUUAAGCUUUAUAGAAACCUAGCACCUUGUAUGGGAAACAAGCAAUCAGGGAGGAAUAGUGUAUUAACAGGUUGAUUAUGAUUGCAGCCUGUUUCAUGCUGAAGCCAUUUCUUAUUCUGUCCAGUUUUGUAGGUAAACAAUGUAAGUGUGGUUAACAAGCUGAAGUAGAGACCUGGACCACAGCUAUUUAUGUACAAGGCAAACAAUAAGAAAAGUGUGUUGCUGCCUUCCUUCACACUGGUGUUGAUGCAACGUCCAGCAAAUAAGAUAUUAUGUGUAGUAGAGAGCUGUGUAAAUGAUUAGCAGAAUACCUGAAGAGUUACUAUAUCUAUAGAGUAAAAUGACUAAAGGACACAAUACCUUUUAUAGGAGUAGUGAGCCAAAUUCAGAGUUUUAAUGAUUGAGAAGUGCAUUGUAUAGUAAAAACGAAAUAUUCUUUUAUUUAUUGAUAUGUUUUGUUGUACAACGCCACUGUCCCCUUUAGGAAGAAUGUUAUCAGGACCCCCAAAAUUCCUUGGGCCAUUGGUGCGAGAAUGUUGCACCAGUGCAACAGAGGUACAGUAGCAGUGACGCCUUUGCACCGGCAGUAGCACCAGCACCAGUGUUAUCAUCACCACCAUGUGUUGUCAUCAGCAGUCAUCUACCCAAAGCAUGCAUGUUUAUGAUUCCUCGGUUUGAAAACAAGCAAACGAGGGCUUAUUAAACAAGUUGCUGAUGCCAUGACAAACCGUUAUGUAGGAAGCCAGGCUGAUGUGAUCAUCAUCCCUCUACCGUCACCAUAGUUCUUGGCCUUCAGUGUAAUGCAUGAGUGUGAGACGACUUGAGAGUAAGUGUAUUGAUUCUUGUCAGAAAUCGGUAAAUAUUAUUAUGAGUGCGAGAUAGUGAGAGAGAGAGAGAGAGAAAGAGAAAGAGAGAGAGAAGCGGCUGAGCGAUACCGAGAGAAAUAGUAGGUACGUGUGUGUGCGUGUAUGUGGAGACGGUAGUGUCAUCUGUGAUUUUCUCACUAGGAAUUAUGUGAAUGCUAAAUAUGAGGUACAUAGAUAUUGAGUAUGCCCAGUCACAAGAGUCGCCUGUCACCCGAUUUUGGGAAGUCAACAUGUAGUGAAGUUUUUGUAUAAUGUCGGAUAUGGAUGUAACCUAUGAUGAUCCAUUGAAGAUAACCAUAGUGUAUUUCAUCUUUCUAUGAAGUUGUCCUGUGGUUUGUAAGGGUGAAAGAAAUCACUUGUUUGCCUCUAUGGAACAUACUGCUUCAAUGUGCUGUUAAUUAAUAAAAAAAAUCAGCAUUUGUAUCCGUAUAAUCCAUAUAACUGGAAGAAUAUAAUAAUACUGUUGUUU